CGGUCAAUGGGGUGAUCACUUUUAGAUAGACCACUAGCAUGUCUCAAGAUCCUUCACAAGAUGUCGCCACGGAAUUUGAAGAGGCUGCAAACCAUGAGACGAUCAAACUCAGUCCCGAGCUAGACCAUGCUAUUUCCAACAUUCUCGAAACAAAGGAUCCCUUGGACUCUAGUGACUUUGACCCUAUAGAGUACAUCAACUUGAUAUUCCCAGGCGAGGACUCUUUAGCGACUGUGGACACAGUUCUUGCAAAAUUGCGAAACAAAAUAUGGGCAAUGGAUAAGGAAAUGCGAGAGCUGGUACGGUCUCAAACUGAUGCCGGAGUCCGGGGACAGAAGCAAUUGGAGGAAACUAGGCAAGCCAUACAGGAAUUGUUCAACAGCAUCAAACAGAUUAAAGAACAAGCAGCGGAAUCGGAACGCAUGGUUCAGGAGAUAACUCGAGACAUAAAGUCUUUGGAUCAUGCCAAGAAAAAUCUUACAUCUUCCGUGACGGUGCUUCGAAGGCUUCAAAUGCUUGUAUCAGCGGUUGAACAAUUGCGAACUAUGGCUGGCAAGAAGCAAUAUAUUGAGGCGGCACAACUUGUACAGGUUAUAAAUCAGCUGCUGGCACAUUUCAAGACAUAUCGCAGCGUGAACCAGAUUGCUGCACUGCUGGACAGUGUCACGCAGCUUCAGGCGGACAUCAAGCGACAGAUCUUCCGCGACUUUGAAUCAGGAUUUGUAGGCGGCGCUUUGCGAAGCCAGCUAGGACUUCUGAGCGAUGCAUGCUUAGUCAUCAAUAUUUUGGAAGGGGAUGCAAGACAAAGCCUUAUCAACUGGUAUUGUGAUAUUCAUUUGAAAGAUUAUCGCGGAAUUUUCCGCAACAAUCCAGAGGUUGCAGGAUUGGGUGAUGUGUCACGACGUUAUGCUUGGUUGAAGCGGCUCCUGAAAACAUAUGAUGAAGACCAUGCAGUUAUAUUCCCUCCAGAAUGGAAAGUUGCAGAGGUCCUCUGUGAUAAGUUCUGCCACGAUACAAGACAAGAUCUCUCAGAAGUCCUAGCCAGAGCGGACAACUCUAUGGAUGUCAAAUUAAUGCUACAAGCAUUGCAGACUACCAUGGACUUUGAGGGGAAACUUGAUAAGCGGUUUGGAAUACAUAAUCUUGAGGAAGAAAGUGGCCCUACGAGUGAUGAUGUCCAACCACCGAAAACUUCGAGAUUUUUCAAAAUCAUAUCAUCUGUCUUCGAGCCAUAUCUUCGGCAUUACAUCGAAAUUGAAGACAGGUCUUUGAGUGAUAUCAUGGAACAAUACCGGGCGCGACCAGUUUUGCAGGAGGAAGAUGCGGUUUUAUCUUCGAGUACCGAUUUGUUCUACUUGUACCGUCAGACUUUGGUUCAGUGCGCAAAGCUCUCAACAAACAAACCCUUCCUGGAUUUGGUUCGAUUGUUUGCCAAAUGGCUGAAGCAAUAUGCCGACUUAUUAUCUUCCAAGCUGCCGAAAGAUGAUAAGAAAGCAAUCACGGAAGAUGAAAUUCGUAUCACCUGUUUAAUCAUUAACACGGGAGAUUAUUGCACUACUACUACAACACAGCUCGAAGAAAAAUUAUCCGAGAAGAUUGAUGAAGAAUUUAGACCACUGGUAAAUUUCAACCGAGAGCGUGAUGCGUUCCUCGACGUCUCAAGCACCGGGAUAAAGAUCCUUGUUCACGGUAUAGAAAACUGCGUCGAACCUGCACUCAAUAGCAUGUUGAAACGCCCAUGGGGGACACUUGAGGCUGUUGGUGAUCAGUCCGAGUAUGUGACAAUAAUUGCACAGACAUUGAUGUCGACGGUCACGGUGGCGCGACGAACUUUUGCGAGCAAUACAAAAUAUUUUAGGACAUUCUGUGAUAAGUUUGCCGAGUCCUUCCUCGGUCGCUAUUACAAUACCAUUUUUCGAUGUAAGCCGGUAUCAGAAAUUGGUGCUGAACAGAUGCUCCUUGACACACAUGCCCUCAAAACUAUCUUCAUUCAAAUGGCCAACAUCAAUUCCGAUACCCCAAGUCAACCUCCUGCGACAUACAUCAAAAUUGUGACCAAGGCUGUGACCAAGGUCGAGCAACUGUUGAAAGUGGUCCUCAGACCUUAUCAACCAGUAGAAGGCAUUGUUGAAACGUACCUGUUGCUGUUCAAUGACCACAGCUUGACAAAUUUCCAAAAGGUUUUGGAGCUGAAGGGACUCAAGCGUGUCGAACAGCAAACCGUGAUAGAAGCAUUCCAAAGACGUGUACCGACAGAUUCUUUGCCCGGUGGAUCGACGGGCACACUAAGCGGAAACCCUGCAGGAUCGUCAUUUACAAAUGCUAUGAACGCUAUAAGCGGUUCGACGACAUCCACAGGCGGCAAGAUUGAAUCAGGAUUCCGGAAAUUCGUGGCCGGGAUGAAGCGCAGUUGAUGAAAAAUGUAUAAGCGAAUGUAUAUUUAUUACAGCAGUCACAUAUAUAACGAUGCAGCGGCA